AUGAAGUUCGUCGAGUGGGCGAGACAACCGCUUCAACAAUACGAUCCUCAAGGAUACUUUCAAAACUUUUACGAUGAUCUUGUGUAUCAUCAAAAAAGUUUGCAAAAAUUUGACGUCGAAAAUGUUGUGCGUCAUGUCAUCGAACUUUUAGCCGUUUUAUUCGCAAUUCUCAACUAUCUAACAUUUUAUUUGAGCACAAUUUGGGAUAUGGCGAGUAUUCAUAAGAAGGCAAUCGAAUUCGAUCCGAGAUUGAUAGCAUUCUUCGAGUCUUAUCGGGUGUUCACUAUUAUUCUAACGAAUGGACUGGUGUUGAUCUACAUGGAAAUGGUUGUUAUCGCUAUGCUUUUCCCUCUUGUUGGAAUUGCUGCAAUCGCAAUUACUUAUUAUUUUAUUAAAAAGUUUGCCGCGGUUACAUCGAAAACGUUGUACAGACAACAGAAGAUGAUAGCUCGAAUCGAAAUUUUCUAUACUCUUAUGUUUGUUACCAGCAUUUUUCCGACACUUGUGACGCUGGCAAUGGCUCAAUUUUAUCCAUUCAUGGAACUACGAAGAUUUCCAUUCAACUUCUUCAUAUUCUACCCGGCUACAUUGAUAUCGAGUUUGAAUCCGAUUCUUCAAAUCGUGAUGAUAAGGGCUUAUAAUCAUCGAGCAAUUGAGAUAAUUCGAUAUAUUUGUGGAAUUCGCGACUCGUCGGUCAGUCGAAUUGUCGCUGCCUCAUCCAUGCCGCAAACUGCCAUUUUUGUAAAAUAA